CAGUUUCAACGCAUGCGCAGCGCUCUUCGUCCUUCGCAUUUUACGAAACAUCCGAAACAUGGCCACAAAGAUGUUAAAAGUGGCAAACACGAUUGCACGGGCGUUGCCAACAGCAAAAAAUGUUCCUGUUACAGCUGCGAUGCUAAAUAAGAGAUGGCAAUCAACCAGUUUCAAAGAGGCGUUACUAAAUGUUCCGGAAACUAAAGUUUCCACUCUGAAUAAUGGAUUUAGAAUUGCUACUGAAGACUCUGGAGCACCAACAUGUACAGUUGGGCUGUGGAUUAAUGCAGGAAGCAGAUAUGAAAAUGAUCAAAACAAUGGUGUUGCUCAUUUUCUAGAACAUAUGAUAUUUAAGGGGACAUCAAAGAGAUCUCAGACUGACCUUGAACUUGAGGUGGAAAAUAUGGGUGCCCAUCUAAAUGCAUACACAUCCAGAGAACAAACUGUAUACUAUGCCAAAUGUUUCUCAAAAGAUCUGGAGAAAGCUGUUGAGAUUUUAGCUGACAUAACACAAAACAGCACACUUGGAGAGAAGGAGAUAGAAAGAGAAAGGGGUGUUAUUCUCAGGGAAAUGCAGGAAGUAGACACAAACUUACAGGAGGUAGUGUUUGAUCACCUGCAUGCCACAGCCUACCAGGGCACACAGUUGGGUCGCACCAUUCUUGGACCCACAGAAAACAUAAUGUCACUGAAGAGAGAUGACCUGGUUGCUUAUAUCAAAGAACAUUACAAGGGAAACAGAAUGGUACUUGCCGGAGCUGGAGGUGUUGAUCAUCAGAAAUUGACAGAGCUAGGAGAGAAAUAUUUUGGUAAACUAGGUACUGGCUACGAGACGGCUUUGCCAGUUCUGUACCCCACCCGCUAUACUGGUAGUGAUGUAAGUUGCCCUAGUACAGUCUUCUUUCAAGAUAAUAAAAUGUGCUCAGAAACUACCAAUCAGAUGCCUAAGUUUUUUCACUGGUUUCAAAAGAUGAGACUGUGUACAAACAUUACAGAUUUUGAAGUAGAAAGAGCUAAAAGACUGCUUAAGACAAAUCUUUUAUUACAAUUAGAUGGCACUACACCAAUCUGUGAGGAUAUAGGAAGACAAAUGUUAUGUUAUGACAGAAGAAUACCAUUGGAUGAAAUGGAAGCUAGAAUUAGUGCUUUAUCAGGAGAUGAUGUAAGAAGGACAUGUUAUCAAUAUAUCUAUGAUAAAUGUCCAGCUGUUGCCGCUGUAGGUCCAAUUGAAGGAUUGAACGACUAUAACAGGUUACGAUCAUCAAUGUACUGGUUGAGAAAAUAAACACUGACAAUUAUUUAUUGAAACAUUUUAAGAAAUAUUUACGAAAGAAAACAAUAAGAAAUCUGUAGAUCUUCAGACCAUGCCAGUUGAGAUAUCAGCUAAUGUUGAUGAUGUGCUAUACACAUGUUGACAAAGGUGAACUGGAGUCAUUUAAGUUUGUGAUAGAAAUUUUUUUAUGUGUAAUUGUUCUUGUUUGUGUUGGCAUGGUAGAUUUUAAAGUAUUAAAAUUUGCCAGAAAAAAGA